AUGUUACUGAUAUUUCAGGAUCUUCGGUGCAAGUACGACCUCUUACUAAAGCAGCAUGAUGUUGUUCGCAAGCAGCUUGAGCAAGAGACUCUUCUUCGUACUGACCUCGAAAACCGCCAUCUUACUCUUCUUGAGGAUAUUAAAUUCAAGGAAAAUCUUCUUGAGCAGGUUAUUUUUUCCUUUGUUUUUGCACUCUAUAUCCAAUCUAUAUUUAUACUCAACUGA